AUGAACUUAUCGCUACUAAGCUCCUUGAAUCUAGCUAUGGAUGCCUCUGCUCAUACCUCACAAGCUCUACCUUUAAAAGAUCUUCCUGUUUUCAAGACCUUGGAAGAACCAAGUUCUCGUAAGGCUGAUCCACGAUCAUGGAACCCACGUUUGAGUGCUGAACGUAAGAGCCAAGCUCUAGUGAGAAAACAGCUGAAUCUACCGUCUUUGGCCGCGUAUUCAGCGGUCACCGAACAACCGUUCUAUUCAAGAGUAGGACCCUACAGGCCGCAUUUCAACGAGUUCAAAAUGCAGUUAGAGUUGCAUGAGAGACAACUAGAGAGGAUACGAUCGAUAGGGUGGGACUCUAUCAGGCCGAUUGGUAUAGAGUUCACUAUGAAAGAGCAACAAGAAUUUUCCAAACUUGAGGCCAAGCACGCGGAAGAAGAAGAAAAAUUGGAGAGUAACCGAGUAACACACAGUGACGGCCACGUUCGCAUGAACAGGUUUGAAGGCGAAAAUGCUGAACUGCCGACCCACGGCCUUCAGCGUUCGCCUCCUUCUCCUGGUCCUUCCCCUCCUCCUCCAGACAUGGACAUCGAUUUGGACCAAGACGUGCAGGAAGACGAAACGUCCUACGACUACGGGGAUGAAUUUGCAAGAAUUGAUGGGGAAGAAGAGCAGGACUCUGACACACAGGUUUCUGGUGUCGUACUUCCUAGUGCAGAGCGCUCAGAGCGAACAGUUCAGCAAUUCAUAGAGACGUCUCAUAUUGAUAGUCUCGGCCAUCCUUACGACGUUGAAAAUACUUAUAAUGGGUACAGCUUCGACGAGUCAGAACCCCAUGGCGAAACGCAGCAACCCUCUUUACUCCCACCCAUAAGAAACCAAGCCUUAGGUAUGACCACGCCAAUGUCGGGCGCAACGCCUCUUCGAAAUCCAGCCGUCCUUCAUCGACGCUCAGAGCGUAGAGUAACCUUUGACUCUAGCGACUGCGAAUGA